GUGCCGCUCCCCUGCUUAUAUGAACAGUAACAUGAGACUGUUCUUGUACAUUUAUCUUUGUUUGGCUGUAGUGAUCUUAGCCAGGUCACAGGCGGUAUGGAAACAAGGUGUUCCCGACGCUACAGGCCAGUUUAACUUCUUGGCCUCCUUAAUCAGCUCAAAAGAACCUUUUCAGCAGAAACUUGUCAACACCAUCCGCGAUUUUAGCACCGUGAACUGGACUGAUAUCUCCAUUCCCGCCCAACCCACCGGCAACAUCAGCCAGCAGUGUCAGAGGGAUGUUGCUCAGUACAAUGCAGACCUGUCCCAAGGAAAGAUGUAUGCCCUGAAAAUGCUGGACGCAGGAGGAAAACCCCCAAGCGGAAUCUUGGGCGGAAACCUGGUCUGGGCCGGUAGCUACUCGCAAUGCGUGAACAUCACGAGGAAAGGCUACAACAUCACCUUCGAUGGGAAGUUCUACAUGGCUACAUUAGUACCUGUGGUCGGCGGCGGAAUAGCCGGGGUGACUAAGUUGACAAUCGGCGUCUGUGUGCCCAGCUCCUGUAAUCAACAUGACGUCAACCAAACACUGGACGGCAGUAUCUACUGGCGUUUCUUUGUACAGCAGGGAAUACUGCAAGUGACGUCAGCCUAUUCACAGGAGUCCCCACCAAUCCAGAAUGUCACUAUCGCGGCGAUCUGUAUCUGCAGCGUCCUCCUUCUCCUCAUUGCGAUGGGAACUAUCUAUGACGUCAUCAUCCACCAACCCCGACUGAUGGCCAUUAAAAGGCAGAAGGAGAGUGAAGCACAAGAACCUGACGUCACUGCGAAUUUACCUGACGAAAGGACACUGCUGGUGAACCGACUUCCACGCAAGGAAACCCACGCAACCAAAGAAGGUAUGACCGGCCGUAUCCUCCUGUGCUUCUCCCUCUACACCAACAUCGGGAAGGUCCUCAGCACCAAACAGGCGCCCGGCAGCAUCAAGUGUCUGCACGGCAUCCGCGUCAUCAGUAUGACCUGGGUCAUCCUGGGGCACACUUACAGUUUUGCUGAACCGCACGUCGGUAUGUAGAUUGUGUGUAUUUAACCCCAAACUCGACAACUCACAGAGUUACAGCCAUUUGGGUCCGCGUGGUGUAUGUAUGGGUCAUCCUGGGGCACACUUACGGUUAUAGUGAAUUACACUUUGGUAUGCAGAUUGUGCGUAUUCAGUUACCCAAAACUCGACAAUUGAGUUUCCGCCUUUCCGGUG